UAUCUGGACAGUGAUUGCUUUCCAUCCCUCAGCCAUUUCUUCACUGAGGAAAAAAAAAGGAAAAAAAAAAGCUUAUAUCAGCUACGACUCCGAUCUCUCUGCCAAGUGACCAUUUAAUUCGGGACUCACUUCCACUUCUUCCAGCUUUCGGAGAUUCUGAGACGGGGUUGUGGAUCGCGAUGGGUUACACUCUUCCGAAGGAUUCUCUUUUCCUUGGAUUUGACUGCUCUACCCAGUCACUAAAGGCAACAGUGCUGGAUGCCAACCUUGUUAUUGUUGCUUCAGAAUUUGUCCAUUUUGAUUCUGAAUUGCCACGCUACAACACCAAAGAUGGGGUCUACAGAGACCCCAUGGUCGAUGGUAGGAUUGUUUCCCCUACCUUGAUGUGGGUGGAGGCUCUGGACCUCUUACUUGAAAAAUUAGAAGCAAAAGUGGACUACAGAAAAGUUGCAGCCAUUUCAGGGAGUGCACAGCAACAUGGCACUGUGUACUGGAAGAAGGGCAGUAAAGCCAUGUUGGCCUCUUUGGACCCUUGUAAACCUUUGGUAACUCAUGUUGGCGAUGCUUUCUCUCUGAAGGACUCACCAAUAUGGAUGGAUUGUAGCACCACAUCACAGUGCAGAGAAAUAGAAAAUGCUGUGGGUGGCGCAUUCGAGUUAUCAAAACUUACUGGGUCUUGUGCUCAUGAGAGAUAUCCAGGACCUCAGAUUCGGAAAAUAUUUGAAACACAACCAGAUGUUUACAAUGACACUGAGAGGAUCUCACUUGUUAGUUCCUUCAUGGCCUCUCUUCUUAUUGGAGGCCAUGCCAGCAUUGAUGAGACGGAUGGAGCAGGGAUGAACCUGAUGGAUAUUAAACGACGUGUCUGGUCUAAGAUUGCAUUGGAGGCAACAGCACCAGGUUUAGAAGAAAAACUUGGGAAAUUGGCACCAGCUCAUGCAGUUGCUGGUCUGAUAGCUCCUUAUUUUGUUGAGAGGUUCCAGUUUAAAGACAGCUGUCUAAUUAUUCAGUGGUCUGGGGAUAAUCCUAAUAGUUUGGCAGGUUUGGCUCUCCAUUCUCCUGGUGAUAUGGCAAUCAGUCUUGGAACCAGUGAUACAGUCUUUGGGAUAACUAGUGAGCCUCAACCAAGCCUAGAAGGACAUGUUUUCCCUAAUCCUGUUGAUCCAACAUAUUAUAUGGUAAUGCUGGUCUACAAAAAUGGUUCUCUAACUCGAGAAGAUGUGCGCAAUCAGUAUGCAGAGCGCUCUUGGGAUGUUUUCAACAAGUAUCUAGAAAAAACACCUCCUCUAAAUGGUGGAAAGUUAGGAUUUUUCUACAAAGAGCACGAAAUAUUGCCUCCCCUGCCGGUUGGGUGCCACCGAUAUGUUCUGGAAAACUUAAGUUGUGACUCACUAGGUGAAAUAAAAGAGCAUGAGGUGCAGGAGUUUGAUCCUCCUUCUGAGGUGCGUGCCAUCAUAGAAGGCCAAUUUCUCUCAAUGCGUGGUCAUGCAGAAAGGAUUGGUAUGCCAACUCCCAAGCGGAUAAUAGCAACUGGUGGGGCAUCAUCAAAUGCAUGCAUACUUAAAGAGAUUGCAAAUAUUUUUGGCUGUCCUGUUUAUACAGUCCAAAGACCUGAUUCUGCUUCUCUGGGUGCUGCCUUGAGGGCAGCUCAUGGGUGGUUGUGCAAUAAAGAAAGUGUUUUUGUUCCCAUCUCAUGCAUGUACGAGGACAAGUUGGAUAAAACAUCGCUCAGUGCAAAACUUGCAAUCCCUGCUGGAGACAGAGAGCUUAUAUCCAAGUAUACAUUGCUGAUGAAAAAGAGAAUGCAGAUUGAGAGAAAUCUUGUUGAUAAGUUUGGGCGCAUUUAGGCCAGCUACUGAAAAUUGAUGCAGCGCAUCAGCGAUCUUAUAAACUUACACAAUGAUAAAGUUUAUUCCAGAAUAAAAUAUGCCCCAUUUUAAAUGCAGGUACAUCUAGCAGACUGAUAUGAAAUCAAUUCUCUAAUAACAUUUGGAAGAAAGAAAUGCUAAUGAAAAUAUAAUUUGUUAACCUAUUAGUGUUCUUACCGAGGCAAGCUUCUUUGAAGUAUUUGUGCUAAAUGUUCCCAUUUUGUGUUGUCAAAAUUGUUUAAAGCAUUAUAUCUGCUUUAUUUUCAUAAGCUGGACAAUUGGGUGGCCUCCCAGGUUGGACCUAUCCCUAAUUGUUAAGCUAGGGGUUUCACAACUAGCACCACCCAAGACUGGAUGAAGAAGGCCGAUGGUUGAUGUUAGGUAAAUAGUUGUAUCUGAGAAGCAUAUCAAACUGCGAAAUGUUAGCUGGGACUGGAUCUAAGCUUUCUUGUUAUGUAUUUAACCAAUAGCUGCUACCCUGUGCUUACAUGAUGUAAUUGUUAAUCGUGGAUUUGAGCAUUGAUUAGAUGUUAGAGUGGCUAACUGAGGAGAUUGAUUCCAUAAGCACAGUGGUCAGUAGUUUUUUAGUGUCUACAUAUGAGUCUACAUUGUUUCAAGGUUUGCUGUACCGAUACCGGACUUCGUACCAGUGUCGCACUAGCAUAAGCGUACCGAGUGUCGGUACAGUAUGGUAUGCGGUAUGCCAGGCAUACCGACACUGGUGUACCGGUACUAGUAUGGUAUGCCCGGUAUCGGCAGGCAUCGAUCGGUACUGUAUACCAUGCUUUUUCUUUUUUUUAUCAAAUGAUCAAGUGAAAUUGUUAUGACAGCUGCUGCAAGUAUUUGUAGGAAACUAUCAUAACCUCAUAUCUGCCAAUGUUGAUAUAGUAUAAGGGUAGCCAUGUGACAUUAACAUCAAAGAUACCCAACAUGCAUCUUAGAUAAUAGAUUUGGAAAAACAUUUGCAUUGAAUGAAUUAAGUAUGUUGAUCGCAGCUGUCACUGACAGAAGAAAAGGAGAAUCACAGAACAAUUACAAGCACCUUUCAUCUGUCCAAUUGUUCUCUCCAACUCUCGCCCUGGCUUUACACAGUGCCCUAAAGAUUACUUCCUUAUAAUCGGAUAAUAUUCGUAUUCUAAAGAACAAGCAUCGAUCAUAAUCUUAUCACAUGUUUUAUGCACUUGGUCUUCGCCAGCAGGAUAGAAUGUUUGCACCUUGUUUGCACCUUGACAGCUUACUUGAUAACACAAGCUCAAGGUUUUUUUUUUAAAGUCUGCGAUUCAAAUUGAACCAUACCAUGUAAAUAUGAUAUCCCAGAAUUAAAGGAGGAAGUAGGCACUGGUGAAGGCAUGAAAUGUUGGAUGUGACAGAUGUUCUUUUUUAUUAAGGAAAAUUAUUGCGAGUAUGUAGUAUUUGUUACAAGAAAACAAAGAUGUGCAGCAACAAAAGUGAGAGACGAACCGAAAAUGGAAGCCAACAAGAUGUGUGCCCUUGGUUAUUUACAAAGGAACUUAUCUACAUUAUGAGGUAAAUGUAGCAAGAAAACUAGAUGUGGUGUAAGCAGUAAAAAAGGUGAAGGGUAGGAGCACAAAAUGAUUGCUUCGGUCCUUGGUUAUGCAACGUAAAAAAUAAAUCAUAAUCUUAUGACUUGUUAGUAGAAUUACUUACUGGAAUAUUUUGACUGUAUCUGAAUAGAUGCAUGAAAAAUUCACUUGAUGCUUGGUAGCUGCAGUAAAGCUCAUUUUAUCCUCUGAAAAUUUUGGUAUAUCUGGGGAAUUGCCCAAUAAGUUUCCCUGGAAAUGCCAAUAGUGGAAGGAACAGUGGAAAGUGAGUAUCCCUGUAACUUUGAUCGAGCUACAUUGAAAUAAUUCACUUGCUGUCAUUAUCUUUUUGUGCCACUAGGCCAGUAGAUGGAGUCCAGCUUGAUGAUGGGAAAAAAGAAGACCAAUGAACAGAGAAAGAUGGGACCACUGGAGCAGCUAUUCUUUUCUGCUAUCGCACCAAUGACAGUGAACUUUGCCUAUAAAUAUUCAAAUUCACCAAUGCUUCUGAGCUGCGUUACAUUAAUCAAUUCAGUAUCAGAUCAAUGAAACCACCACAGACGGGCGAGGGCGAUUUGGGGAUAGAGAUGAAGCAGGUUAUUGAAGAUAAACCAAGGAAGGCUUAUACUUCCGCUUCGAUUUCCUUAACAGAUCUGAUUCAGAAGGCAUGUGAUUCUCCAAAGUCGAAGAAAGCUCAUCGGCAGUCAAGCUUCGAAGACCCCAUAAGAAGAAUGAUGUUCUUGGGCCCUUGGAGUCACACAUAGAGCUGUACAUAAACACUGCACUUUGAAUAUUUCAUGCUUCUCUUAGUUAACACUCUUAAUGAUGUUCUUGGGCCCUUGGAGUCACACACAGCUGUAAAUAGAGACUGCUCUAUGAAUCUUUCAUGCUUCUCUUAGUUAAGACUCUUAUGGGAGAGAAAGUGUCAGAUAUACGAAUAUGAGCCCAAUUGAAUUCGAUCAAUGUAAUCUCUACGAUGGAAAUUUGAGCUGAAAAAUUUAUAAUAUGAAUAAAAAUGUUGUGAAGAUUGGAUGUUUCCA